UCCGACUAAUUAAACAGCGUGAUAAGAAAACGGAGCGAAGAUCCAGACAAGGUUUUCUUACAGUAUCGUGUCUGGCGAGUCGACGAGAUUUUGACUUUGCGCUGCGGAUAAGAAACGUCUUUUGUGUGUAUGUUUUUUUUUUUUUUCUUCUUAGUGUUUUAUUUUGUUAUCACGCUCAGACGUCGGUACACAAAAGAGCUUUGGAGGAGAUGAUGAUGAUGAUGGUGAUGAUGAUGAUGAUGGAAAAACGGCGUCGCAUCAUGAACAGAAGCCGGACAACGACAAGACUUUACACCUGGAUAAACUAAAGAAGGGUUUGUGUGUUUGGGAAUCAGGGGUUGAUGCUGUGUGUAAAAGAGCGGUUGAGGUUUGCGUGAUCGUGUCCAGAUGCUGUCAUUGUGCUGCGCUCCGCUGCUGCGUUCCUGGGAGAAGGAUGCAUGGGAGGAUGCCAGCUUUCCCGUUGUUUGUUAUUUGCGUUGAUGCACGGUUUGUUUUAGAAGAAAUUCAUAUUUAUGAUUAAGGACAACCCCUGGAAAUCUUGAACAUUCUUUCUUUUUUUUUUCUUCUUUUUUUUCUAUACAAGCUCGUCCUAAACUCCUACCAAAUUAAGUUUUGUUAAAUCCAAGUGACUGCAUACUUCAGCCUUACAGCAUACUUGAAUUAUUUAUUCCCAAAUAACUCAUCAAUUAUGGUCGAGCCUGUGGGAUUUAUCGAAGCCUGGAAGGCACAGUUUCCAGAAUCCGAGCCUCCGAAAAUGGAGCUGAGGUCCGUGGGAGGCAUCGAGCAGGAGCUGGAGAAGUGCAAGGCGUCAAUCAGGCGCCUGGAGCUGGAGGUGAACAAAGAGCGUUUCCGCAUGAUCUACCUCCAGACGCUGUUGGCUAAGGAGAGAAAAAGUUAUGACAGACAGCGUUGGGGCUUCAAGCAGUCACAGAUGGCUGAGGGGGAUGCUCAGGCAGGUGGAGCUGACCCCCAGCACUCACAAACGCAGGAGCCUAGUCAGGUGGAUCGCACCAGGUUCCAGCCUGUAGGAGAAGCCAGGCCUAAACCGCGGCCUCCUCCGGCUAGGAAAUCUGCCUCACACGGAGACGGACUGGAGAUGCAGCCAGCUUUUGAGCCCCAUCAGUUAGGGCAGGGCAGUGAGACAGAUGGGCUUUCACCGUCUAAACAGAGGGGAGGAGUUUCACCUCGCAGGCCGCAUCCUCCUCCUGACAAGGAGCUUCCAUCUGACCCUUGUCCAAAAGACAAACCAGGCAUGGGACUCGGUGUGGCGGCUUUGCGUUCCAACUUUGAGCGGAUUAAACGUGCCAACUCGCAUUCAGCCGGAGAUGGACGGGGAGGCCAGGACAAGCAGCCUUUCUAUGCCAACAUGGAAUUCCAUCAUGAUAAGGGCCUGGUACGAGUGAAUGAUCGCGACGUCUCGGAUAAGAUCAGCUCACUCGGAACGCAGGCCGUGCAAAUGGAGCGCAAGAGGUCUCUCCAUUCCCUGCCAGGAAACUUGGCCACGGUCGCCGGUGACCUCCGACCUAGGCCUGUCUGUAGGGGCAGAUCAAGCGAGAGCACCUGUGGCUAUGACGCAGAAUGUGAAGAUGGAGAACCCAACUCUCGGUACAACAGAGAUGGCACUGCUCGGCCCAACGGAAACAAACCGCCACCUCCUCCAUGGCAUCCUUCAGAUUUUCAGCCAUACAGCGGAGUUUAUGUGACCAAUGAAAGCGGCGAUGGUCGGGUCAUGAUGCGAGAGCACACCGGCAGUGAUGAUCAUCACCUCACCUGGCCGAGAAGAUCCUACUCACCUGGAAGCUUGGAAGAUGUUGGCGGAGGAGGGGGUGGCUACACACCUGACUGCAGCUCCAACGAGAACUUGACAUCCAGCGAGGACGACUUCUCGUCAGGACAGUCGAGUCACGUGUCGCCCAGCCCAACCGCCGCCUUCCGCAGGCCCUUCAGAGAGAAGAGCCGCUCACCGUCACAGAACUCUCAGCACUCGUUGGACAGUAGUAGCCCUCCGACGCCGCAGUCGCAGAAGAGACACAGGCAGCCACAUGUGGUUGUUUCCGAGGCCACUAUUGUGGGGGUCCGCAAAACAGGACAGAUCUGGCCCCAUGAUGGAGACUCAAACCCUUCUAUUAGGACAUCCCAUGACAACAGUUACCAUGGAGAUCUUGAUGGUCCGUAUACCGGCACCCCACCCACUUACGGUUACGAUGCGGAUCGAGCCGAGGAACAGAGACGUCACCACGAUAUCCUGCCCUACAUCGAUGACUCGCCGUCAUCCUCGCCGUACCUUAGCUCCAAGAGCCGCAGCAGUAGAGACACACUGUCCUCAGGCUCUCUCGAGUCCUCCAAGUCUGCGGACCUGGACCUGGAGAAAGGCCUGGAGAUGCGCAAGUGGGUUUUGUCUGCCAUCCUGGCCAGUGAGGAGGUCUACCUCAGCCACCUGGAGGCGCUGUUGCUGCCCAUGAAACCACUGAAAGCAGCAGCCACCACGUCACAGCCGGUCCUGUCCAUCCAGCAGAUCGAGACCAUCUUCUUCAAAGUGCCUGAACUGUACGAGAUCCACAAGGAGUUUUACGACAACCUCCUUCCCAGAGUGCAACAGUGGAGCCACCAUCAGCGCGUGGGAGACCUCUUCCAAAAACAAGCCAGUCAGCUAGGAGUAUACCGGGCGUUUGUGGACAACUACGAGCUAGCCGUGGAAACGGCAGAGAAGUGCUGCCAGGCCAAUGCACAGUUCGCUGAGAUCUCUGAGAACCUGAAAGUUCGAAGUACCAAAGAGUGCAAGGACCAGAUAGCCAAGUACUCACUAGAAACUCUCCUUUACAAACCAGUGGAUAGAGUAACAAGAAGCACACUAGUUUUACAUGAUCUGCUUAAGCACACACCCAACAGUCACCCGGACCACACCCUUCUCCAAGAUGCCCUGCGGAUCUCGCAGAACUUCCUCUCCAGCAUCAAUGAGGAAAGCACACCACGUCGCCAGUCUAUGACUGUGAAAAAGGGGGAGAAUCGACAGCUGCUAAAAGACAGCUUCAUGGUGGAGUUGGUGGAAGGAGCGAGGAAGCUACGACACGUUUUCCUCUUCACCGACCUGCUGCUCUGUGCCAAGCUCAAGAAACAGAUUGGCGGGAAGAGUCAACAGUAUGACUGUAAAUGGUACAUUCCACUGUCAGACCUGACCUUCCAGGCAGCAGAGGAGACUGAGCCAGUCCCAAUCCCACAGGUCCCGGAUGAAGAGCUGGACGCCAUUAAGAUUAAAAUCUCUUCCCUCAGGAGUGAGAUUCAGAGAGAGAAGAGAGCCAACAAGGGGUCAAAGGUCAUCGAGAGGCUGAAAAAGAAGCUUUCAGAACAGGAAUCCCUGCUGCUUCUGACAUCUCCCAACAUGCCUCUGCGUGUGUAUAACAGAAACGGCAAGAGCUACAUGUUCCUGAUGUCCUCUGACUACGAGCGUGCCGACUGGAAGGAUAUGAUUCGGGAGCAGCAAAAGAAAUGCUUUAAGAGUGUGUCCCUGACCUCCAUGGAGCUCCAGAUGCUCACUAACUCCUGUGUGAAACUGCAAACCGUCCACCACAUCCCUCUGUCUGUCAACAAGGAGGAAGAUGAAUCACCUGGACUUUAUGGCUUUCUGAAUGUAAUCAUCCACUCUGCCUCAGGACUAAAGCAGAGCUUGAAUCUGUAUUGUACGAUGGAGGUGGACUCUUUUGGCUUAUUUGUGAACAAAGCCAAGACGCGCGUGUACAGAUACACGACAGAGCCCAAAUGGAACGAGGAGUUUGAGAUCGAACUGGAAGGCUCUCAGAUGCUGAGGCUGCUUUGCUACGACAAGAGCUACAAUAAAACCAAGAUGAGCAAAGAGGACGGAGAAAGCACAGAUCGAAUUAUCGGGAAAGGACAAAUAGUGCUGGAUCAACAGAUGCUUCAGGGUAAAGACUGGCAGAGAACAGUCAUUCCUAUGAACGGGAUUGAGGUGAAGCUGUCUAUGAAGUUCACAAGCAGAGAGUUCAGCCUGAAGCGAACGUCCUCGUGUAAACAAACAGGAGUGUUUGGAGUGAAGAUAUCCACGGUAACCAAACGGGAGCGUUCGAAGGUUCCAUACAUUGUGCGACAGUGUCUCGAGGAGAUUGAGAGAAGAGGAAUGGAGGAGGUCGGCAUCUACCGCGUCUCAGGAGUCUCUACUGACAUCCAGGCUCUCAAAACUGCCUUUGACACUAAUCACAAGGACGUCUCAGUGAUGAUGAGUGAGAUGGACGUCAACGCCAUCGCUGGAACUCUGAAGCUUUAUUUCCGGGAGCUUCCAGAGCCACUCUUCACUGAUGAGCUGUAUCCGAGCUUCGCUGGAGGCAUCGCUCUCUCAGACAGCGUGGCUAAAGAGAGUUGCAUGCUCAACCUGCUGCUGUCUCUUCCUGAACCUAACCUGGUCACCUUCCUCUUUCUACUGGAUCACUUGAAGAGGAUUGCUGAAAAGGAGAGUGUGAAUAAGAUGUCUCUGCACAACCUGGCCACAGUGUUCGGACCAACUCUGCUCCGACCGGCAGAAAAAGACAGCAAGAUUCCCACAAACCCCACCCAGCCAAUCAGCAUGGGAGACAGCUGGUCCCUCGAGGUCAUGUCACAGGUACAAGUCCUGCUGUACUUUCUCCAGCUGGAGACUAUUCCCACCCCAGACAGCAAGAGACAGAGCAUCCUCUUUUCCACAGAGGUCUAGAAUAAACCACGCAUCAGUAAGCGGACUGAUGGGAGAGAGAGAAAGAGAGAGAGACCUCUGCUGGACACUACCAGAAAUAACCGGACGCACUCAUGAGGGCUACGCACAGCCACUGCUGGGCACCGGUGACUCACGUGGAUCAUAAUACUUACUCUUCCUGGAGAAUUCUGCCACGACUUAGUGAUUUCUGAUCGGUAGAAUUCUGCUACUUUUGCUGUCCUGUCAGGAACUAUGUGGACUCUGGGCCAGCACUGUAUUUUUGUGUCCUUUAUCCUUGCACACGUUUUGAUCAGCAAGUGGCUUCAAGCCUUCUCCUUCUCCUCCUUUUUCACUUUUGUUCCCUGAGUACUAGAGGCUGAACUGUGUUUCUGCUGCUGCUGCUGCUGCUGCCGUCAAAUAGUGCUCACACGUCAUUCCUUAAUCUGUGCUCAUUUCCAGUGUUUUAGUGUCGCUGCUAGUUAAGAUCGAAGAUGCCUGCUUAAACCUAGGUUUUUUUUGUCAUUAUGCUCAAGUUAGGUUAUUAAACUUAUUAGAUACGAGUCGACCAAAAAUCGAGAACUGUCACGUCGAGGCAUCAUGGAAAGCAAUACAGGGAUGAUAGACAUGAGCGUCUUUAAUCCAUUUUGUGAUCUUGUGUUUGAGAGAAAUUUUAAGUGAUACCGCUUGAAGAACGUAACACUGAACAUUCAUCGGUUUUACUCGUGUUUCAGUUUUUGUUACAUUAAUAAUGUUUUUGUCUCUUAUGCCUUUUGGGAGCAAUAGUUGAAACAUAAUUCAAGGUGUUACAUUCUGUAGACAGUUCAACACACAUUAUUAUUAUUAUUGUUAUUAUUAUUUUGAAAUUGUAUUUAGGGAAUAUUGUGGAAAACUGUACGUACAUGAUUUAAAAAGUAUUUCUGUUUUUUUUUCCCUAGGGUUUUCUUUGGUGUAAUGAUUUUUUUAGACAGGCUGCUCAGUCUUUUCCUUAAAAACUCUUGUAAGGAAGUAUCUAAAAGUAUCUAAGACUAAUAUAUAAAACUGGAGCGACCUUUAACCGACUUUACCUAGUUCACAUUCCAUUCAAUGCCACAGAUAGUCACUGUGUCCUGACAGGCACCUUUUUUUGUGCGCUAUUUUUAGUCUUUUUUUUUUUUUUUGUAGUCCGAAAGCAUUGUGGGAAUGAUCUAGUGUGCUCUUGAGAUCCUGCAACGUACCGCAAAAAAAAGGUGUCCAAAUGAUGUACAGAAUACCCAUAAUGCACUUUGCAGUUUGUAGGAAGUAGGGAAUAGGGAAUCGGAUGCUAUUUUGAAACACAGCUGGUAAGUUUGUUUAGUAUAACCGAAAGGAUGCGGGUGCUUGAUUUUGUCCUUGUCCAUUGUGUCCCUGCGAAUAUCCACUUUCUGAAGUCAUCUCAUUGUCUGUGUCCAUCCAGAGACCCCUAUGAGUUUGUGUCUUCUUGUGUCUUACAUUACAGCAGUGCCUCACCAUCUCUGCGUAAUGAAGCUACAUUUUGUCUCUAAUUAACAUUCUAUAUGCACAUGUAGUCACAUGGGGAGGCAUACGCGGUUGCGUUGUCCUCUAUUUUGUUAUUGCUCGUCUUCUACGUAACAUGUCAGUCAUCUCUGGGCACUAUGUUCUGCAGCAGCCAUGUUGUGCUGUGCCAACAAGCUCCUCCUUUCAUUCAUAUUCAUAUCAGUCUCUAAACUGUUAUAAAGCACGCAGGUAAGAAAAUAAAUCCAGUCUCGAAAUUCCUUUUUUUUUGUUUUUGAAUAAACUUUACAUUUGCAUACUCUUAUUUAACAUGCAGGCAUGUUUAUUUUGUUUUUUUUACAGUUUCGAAAUUCUUCAGUGUUUUCCUUUGAACUGAACUCUUGCUUCUGGGUGUUUAAUUUUUUUUUGGUGACAGGAUUUUUGUGUUUGGACUCAAUUUUGCUGUAAAAUACAGUAUUUCUUUUUCUUUUACUUUUUU